UCAGCCGGAAGCCUUUUACCGCAAGAGGACAUCUUGGCUAGCUUACGGUAUGACGAGUUGCGCAGAAGAUGGGAUGGUAUCAAAAUGGCAGAGACUGGCACAUACGAUUGGAUUUUCGCCGAUGGGUCGAGCUCGAACUCCCCGGUGUACUUUCUGCAGUGGUUGAAGCAUAGAGAUGGUCUGUACUGGAUCACCGGCAAGCCAGGCUGCGGGAAGUCUACACUCAUGAAGCACAUCUCCGACCACCCAAACACAAAGGCUGCCUUGAAGGAUUGGGCAAAUGGACGCGAUCUCGUCAUUGGGACGCAUUUCUUCUGGUAUCUUGGCACUCCAGUCCAGAAAUCAUACGAGGGCACGCUCAGGUCCCUACUGCAUGACGUCUUCGAGCAACGGCCAGCGCUCAUGGAGCUGACUUGUGAAUCCCGGUGGAACGAGGAACUGCGUGGCAGAGACACCCGAUUGACCACUUGGACAUUGUCAGAGCUUCGGAAGUGCAUUACCAAGUUGGCCACGAUUCCGUUCGAGCUUGACGGCAAGACUUCGUGCUUUUGCUUUUUUAUUGAUGGUCUCGACGAGUACGAUGGCGAGCAUGACGAAGUGGUGCAGUUGCUGCAAGAUCUGAGUGGUUGCAAAUCCGUGAAGAUCUGUGCCUCUAGCAGGCCAUGGCAGAUCUUCCUCGAAUCGUUCGCAACUGGUAUCAAUGAUCGGCACACACUGCAGCUCCAUCUGCACACCAUUAAAGAUAUCGAAAAGGUCGUCCACAAGGAACUUGGGCCGAGGAUGCUCUCCAUGCAAGGCGGAAGAGACGGUUUGCAACAACUGAUCACCGACAUCAUCGAUAAAGCACAAGGUGUGUUUCUGUGGGUCUCCCUGGUGAUCCAUAAAGAGCUUCUACCAGGACUACGACACCAUGACAGCAUGAACAUGCUUCGUGAGAGGUUGAGAAGUAUACCCGACGGUCAGCCGUCUGCUCAUCUGGCAUUGUGGUGCUUCACUAAUGACUUGAGUAGAGCUGAACGACUAUUUCGAGCAAAUAUUUGA